AUGCAAGGAGGAAAGGAGCACAGAGGAAGCAAAACAUUGGCUGCUCGGGAUAGGAAGUGUGUGUGUGUGCUGGAGGGGAGCUGUAUUCUCUCAUUUUGGACAAUAAGUAACAAAAGCAAUGUAUAGAAGAAGGAAACCGUCAUGUAUACAGAGAGUUUAUUGCAUGCAGUCCAUCUGCUGGCCAAACUUCGUUGUGUUGCUGCAGUGCCUAUAGAAUGACUGGACAUUUGCUGACAAUAUGACUGUACCAAGUCCCAUCCUACAGAUCUGCAUUGCUGUAUUAGAAGUUUGGGGGCUGUGUGUCACAUAGCCAUAGUUGAAGUAUGGACCCUGUAAACAUGGAUGGAUCAGGCGUGUGGCGUAUUGAUGAGAAGUGUUUGGCACCUUACUUGGAUAAUGGUGAGCUUAAAGAAGCUGUGGUGAAGUCCAUUCAGCAUAAGGAAGACGAUCUAUCCUAUGCAGUGGUUUCAUUUAUGGAUACAACAGAGAGGAAAGUACCACUCAGACAUCUCCGCAAAUCCCAUGGCAACAGUAAUUCCUGGAACACUUCUAUUUUUGAUGAUGAGGACCUGGAAAAACCAUAUUUCCCAGAUCGGAGACCUGCAGCUCCUGUUGCAAAUUUCCCACUAUCAAAUAGUGGAGUCUUUGUGCCUUAUACUAUUAAUAGGUAUUUACGUGACUAUCAAAGAGAUGGUAUUCGAUUCCUGUAUGAGCACUACACACGUUCAACUGGAUGCAUCCUUGGCGAUGACAUGGGGCUUGGGAAGACAAUACAGGUCAUAUCCUUUCUAGCUGCCGUCCUACAUAAGAAAGGAACACGAGAGGAUAUUGAAAAUAAUAUGCCUGAAUUUUUACUGAGAACAAUGAAGAAGAAAUGUUCUACAGAAUCCGCAAAAAAGAUUUUUCUGAUUGUGUCACCUUUGUCUGUGCUUUACAACUGGAAAGAUGAACUGGAGACAUGGGGCUAUUUCAAGGUAGCAGUCUUUCAUGGAAAUAAAAAAGAUUUUCAGCUAGGACGACUGAAACAAGGAAAAUACGAAAUUGCUUUGACUACGUAUGAAACGCUUCGUUUAUGCUUGGAUGAUUUAAACAGCAUAGAGUGGUCAGCAGUCAUUGUGGAUGAAGCACAUAGGAUAAAAAAUCCAAAAGCAAGAGUUACACAGGUCAUGAAAUCUUUAAGGUGUAAAGCCCGUAUUGGACUUACAGGGACCAUUUUGCAAAACAACAUGGAGGAGCUGUGGUGUGUUAUAGACUGGGCUGUACCUGGAUGUUUUGGAAGCAAAAGUCAAUUCAAGGAAGAAUUUUCAAAUCCAGUAGAACUUGGACAACGCCACAAUGCCACAAAACGAGAGUUGGCCACUGGGAGAAAGGUCAUGGAGAAGCUGACAAUUAAAAUGUCUUCAUUGUUCCUGAGACGUACCAAAGGUCUUAUCAGUAACCAGUUACCAAAAAAGGAAGAUCGGAUUGUCUAUUGCGCAUUAUCUGAGUUCCAGAAAGCAGUUUAUCAAACGGUGCUUGAAACUCAGGAUGUCAGCCUGGUUCUUCGAGGAGGAGAGAAGUGCAGUUGUCGCAGUGGGCUUAAAAGAAGAAGAUGUUGUUAUGCGGAAAACCAGUACGGCGAAAGUGUAAAGACCCUUUAUUUCAGUUAUAUGGCUAUCCUUCGUAAGGUAGCAAAUCAUGCAGCUCUUCUACAGUCAAAUGCCAACACCAGCAAAAAACAGGACGCUCAUAUUAAAAGAAUCUGCAGUGAAGUGUUCUCCAAGUUUCCAGAGUUUAUCCAGCAAACCAAAGAGGCUGCAUUCGAAACCAUCUCUGAUCCGAAGUACAGUGGAAAAAUGAAGGUCCUUCAGCAGCUCCUAAAUCACUGCAGGAAAAACAAGGACAAGGUUCUUCUUUUUUCCUUCUCCACAAAGCUUCUAGAUGUUUUGGAAAGAUACUGCAUGGCAUCAGGACUAGAUUAUCGGAGACUUGAUGGAAACACCAAGCCAGAAGACAGAGUAAAUAUUGUAAAGGAGUUCAACAGUGAGCAAGAUGUGAACAUUUGUUUAGUUUCAACUAUGGCAGGUGGACUAGGACUUAAUUUUGUUGGUGCAAACAUAGUGGUGAUCUUUGAUCCAACUUGGAAUCCAGCAAAUGACCUCCAGGCAAUUGACAGAGCCUAUCGAAUCGGACAAUGCAGGGAUGUAAAAGUAUUUAGGCUAAUAUCCCUGGGCACUGUGGAAGAAAUGAUCUAUUUAAGGCAGGUUUACAAACAGCAACUUCACUGUGCGGCAGUUGGAAGUGAAAAUGCCAAACGCUACUUUAAAGCUGUCCAAGGAUCCAGAGAACAUAAGGGCGAAUUAUUUGGUGUCCACAACCUAUUCAAACUGAGAACUCAGGGGACGUGUCUGACAAAGGAUAUUUUAGAGCGUGAAGGUCAAGUUGAAGCAGGAAUCAGAAGUACAACCAUGUACUUAAAUCAGCAAUCCUUAACAAGCAACACAAACACUGAUGAAGAUCUAGAGCAAGAUGAGAAGAAUCGUAAAUCCAAUUAUCAAUUUCAGAAGGAGGGCUUUGAUUUCAGUAGUGAUAGUGAUGAUGAAAUAAAUGAUGAUUCAAGGAGAAAAAGUAACAUCUCUGCAGGUGCAGACCGUGGUAAACAGCUUACCUUACAGCAAUGUGGUUUUUCGAGAUUGCUUGAGGGAGCACUUGGUAAUCAAGACAAGAAAUCUGACCUUCCAGAAAGUCCUCCAGCUGAAGGCGAGCAUUCUAAAAUAAAAAGCAACAAUGCUUAUAAAGCUUGCAAGUUCAAAAAAAGCUCAGAAGUUACUGGGAAAAAAAGGGGAAGCGAUCAUUUGGGCUUGAAUAUAUCAUCUGAUGAAGAUGCAGAGCCAGUAGUGAAAAACAAAGGGCAGAUUUUAAAAGAUGUCAUGGAGACUAACAGCAGCUCCGAUGAAAGUGAUAUUAUUUUUCCCACCCAAGCCAAUAAAAGCGAUUUAUCCAUAAAAUCUUCCACACAUGAAGGAGCCAUGCCACACACUGAUGAAUCAUUGGGUUCAGAUUUUGAAUGUGACCCUUCAAAGAAAACAAGGAACCUAGCAGACUCUGGCAGUGACUAUAUUAGUGAUGAGUCUGAUGACAUUGAAAUACCAUCUAUACCUAGUUUUUCAAAACAAAAAAACUCGUCAUAUGCCAGCAGAUGUGAUAUAGAGAAAAAUUCACAGGUAAUAGAUGCUUUUUCUACCUCUGAGGAUGAUGACCUUCAUGACAGCAAAAUGUGUCCUCAUCCUCCUGAGCAGACAAGCAAAACCACAAUGUACGAUGAUUCAAACAGAUCAACAAAAAGAUUUAAGUCAAUCGUUCAUAGAAAGCACUCCAGAACAAAUAAGGAUGACCAUGUUGCUGAUAUUAGACCUGUCAGUCAAAAGGAAAUUCGGGGGUCUUUGGACGGAAUUUUAGAUGGUGUGGCUGAAGUUGUUUAUAUUCAUUCAAAUCAAAAUGUGGUUGGUUCAAGCAAAGCCGAGAAUCACAUGAGUCGCUGGGCAGUGCGCGAUGUUUUCGAAUUGAAACAGUUCUCCCAACUUCCUGCCAAUAUUGCUGCCCACGUUCCUGAGAAAUGGGAAUUUACCAAAGAAGAAUCGAUAUCACAGAAAAACAAAGAAGAAAAGAAAAGCCCUAGCAUCUUACAGUAUCCAGUAGUUCACAAUCAAAGUCAAGUACUGCAAGUUGGUGAAAAAAUGUUUCUGGUUGGGGAGACUCCAAGAUCAAUAAUAAAGAGACAUUUUGAGCAGAUGGUGUCAUAUUUCAAAAUGGACUCAGCAGAAGAGCUGGCUCACCACCUUGUGAAAGUAAAAUCGCAUGUACGGCAGAGUAUGCUCCAAGAUUUUUAUGCCCGUCAUCAUACAGAGGUGGCAAACUUAUACCAUGUGCAUGUUCCACUUCCUGAAAGAGAGGAAGACAGUGUUCCAAAAACUAAGGAUGCUCAAAUCAGAUUGAAAAAAAAACUUAAAAAAUCUCACUUACCUGAUGAGGCCUUAGGGAUGCAUGCUAUUACUAAAAGUAACCAUGUGGAAAUGUUGGAUAUUGAUCGUGUUGAAAAUGAUUGCAUUAAACCUAACAAGGAAAUGGAAAGUCCUACUAUCGCAGAGAAAGGAAUGAAAUAUAGCAAUAGUUUACAAAAGAAGAGUUUACCUUCUAGAGAAUUUGAAAUAGCUGAACCACAUACAAGUGCUGCGUUUGACCAGAUCAAGAAUUUCCCACAAAACAAAUUACUAAAGCAAGACAAAAAGAAAGAUGAAGAAAACUUUGUCAGUGACUUGCUUGGCGAUACAUCUAUACUUGAUGAUCUUUUCAGCAAUGCCGCUCUGCGUCAGUCAGCUGCCUUACCAGUAAGAACCCAGUAUAAAUCAAUCACAGCUAAGUCUAAGCACCGCUCUAAAGAUUUCUGGGAUAUUCUUAGUGAACAAAAUGAUGAAAGUAUCAACAGACUCACUGACUUAUCUGUGAUUGAAAAAGUUUGUGAGACUUCCAUUAUGUCUUCCGUUUCUAAGAAAGAAAAGUGGAAUGAUUCACUGUGGGUAAACAAUGAUAAAUUUGUAUGGAAGAAAACUAAAACAAGCAACCUGGAAGCUCCAUCCUCAAGUAAAUCAUCUAAUCCAUAAUGUAUACAGACAUUGAUCAGGGCGAUCUACCUCAAGCAUGGAAGCAAUCAAGCAUUUCUACUCUGAAGCAGCAUCUUUUUAUUUUUAAAAUGUUUUCUAUCAUGUGUUAUACUAGAAGAAAAUGUUAUACUUGACUGAUGUUUGGCUAGAAAACUAAAUCUGCAAAGUGUUUGAAAAUAUAUAUUUCUCCGAUUGCUGGUGAGAUGUACAUCCUUCCUUUACUUGGUAUCUUUAAAGCUAUUUCAGCAUCAGUGCUAAUGGCUUCACUCUUACAGUGGAUCAUUUCCAGCAGUGCAAGCAAUUACAAGGUAGGAGGACUAUCCGUAGUCAUAUUCAUGACCUCCUUAGUGCUUAGAAUUGUAUGGUAAAGUGAACUUGUGCUUCAUUUUAAAAGCAUACGCCACAAAAUGCCUGCUAUUACCUUCAUUAAUCAUAAAGGCUCAUUGGACAUAGGAAUGGCUGUAAAUGUAGCCUAGGCAUGAAAUAGGAGAAAGCCGGCCACUGGUGAACAAAAUAAAAAGUAGAACAAAUCUGAGAGGCGCAAAAAAGAUGGUUUUCUGUCAAAAAGCAGGAAUCGUGUCAUUUCUAUAUUAAGCUGGACCCUUGUAUUUAAAAAUGCAGUGUGAGGUCAGUUAAAUCCUUUGGGUCACACUAACAACAACACUACACAACCCAGUUCAGAUGACACUCGCAGCUGGGGAAAAAUUAUGUCACUGAGAUGAGGGAUGGAACUAAAGAGUCAUCUGGAAGUGAUGACAUUUUCCUUAUAGAAAACCGUACACUUUCAGGAAGCUAUGGUCAGUCAAUAAAGUGCUUAGUUGGGCCCACAGACAGCAUUGCUGAAUGUUUAUUAUGGCUACCACUUAAUGGAAAACUGUGGGCUUAAUUCUUAAUUAAAUGCUUCUCUCUCUCCUUCUGAUCCAUAGGCACUUUCCAUUGCUCCUGCUCUUUCCUGAGUUAAGAGCAAUUAGGGUACUUUUACACUGUGCAAAUUAGUUUUAAAGUGACACUAAACUCUGGUUUAAAAAAAAAAACCAUUCAAUUAAAGUAUGUAUUCAACUCAAAAAGUACAUUCUAUUGCUCCCCAGCCUCCUAAUCACAAAAUUCCUUUUUUGGUGCUGUGAUCCAUCUUCCUGGUGGCUUAAUUUGUUCCCCAUGGUUCCACUGUAUGGAGGAACAUAGCCACCCUCUCUUGCUUUCUAUCGAUAAAAAGAGAGAUUCAGGUGCUUACAAGGACAUUUUAAGGAGGAAAAACACCAUAAUAAAUGAUUUCAAGAAAAAGUGAUUACAGAGUUAAGUAAUGAAUGUGUAUGGAUUAUUUUUGAAGAAUUAGGAUAUUGUUUAGUGUCACUUUAUUUCUGCAGAACAGAGAUUGUGACAUCAUAUGCACGCCUCUCCCACUCAGCCAAUCAGAGGAAGCCUUGUAUUCAUUCAGAAAAUACAAAGCUUCCUGUGAAUAAUUGAGCAGUACUCAGCACUACUCAAUUUUGUUCCAGGAGGGGGAUGGAAGUCCCUGUUCUGCUUCCAGAACACAGCACUAUGUACUGUAUGCAUUUAUGCUACAUUAACCAGAGUUUAGUGUCACUUUAAAAAUAAUUUGUCCAGUGGAAAGGUACCCCAAUUAACUCGGCACAGCAGGCACAUCUGUUGGUGAAACAAAUAGUUUAUUUGGACUAGGUUGGUCCAAAAAAACUGUUUUAAAGUGGUAAAAUUCUGGAAUUAGGCUUUAAGGAAAUUGUGGGUGUUAAAGUAAUUUCAGUAAAUAGUUUAACACUACACAAAAUGUUAUGAGGUAAUUGAAUUAAGCCUUUAAAUAGUAAUAUUUACAUCUUGGGAAGAAGGGGAAAUCAAAUUGUCAGUCAUAUAGCCAAGUUACAAUUUACUUUAGCAAUCACUACCAAAAGCACCAUGGUGCACUAUCUCAUUGAUACAGAAUAUACAGUUAUAGCUGGAUGAAGCUUCCAUGUAAAAAGUCCCCAUAUAAAGUUUUUUUGUUUUUGUUGUAGGCAUGCAUUUCUCACUUUUUGCUUUAUUUUAUUUGGCCAUACCACACAGUAAAACUUUAAGGGGCGCUAUCGUUAGGAAAAAAAAUGUUAAACUGAUGGCCCUAAAUAGUAGGCACCAUGUGGUAGCUUCUCAUAUCUUUAGUUCCUUGUAGAGUGCCAUUCUCUGGGAAUCUAGGGGCUACACGUUCAAACAGAAUGGGAGCUUUACCAUGCACUACUGCAGUGCGAUGUAUGUGCCACUCCAUAAGUCUCAGAAGUGUGUGCAUUGAAUUUUGGGAUUUGAGGGGCAUGCCAAAGACUUGUAUUUUGCAUAUGGAUUACACCCAGGAUUGAGGGCUUUCAGUGUGCUCUUCCAAGAAUUGAGGGUGGCUGCUCUUUGUAAUUUUAUAUCAGUUGAACAGUUCUUUCAUUUUGAAAAUGUCUUUAAAACUCCAAGAAGGGACCACAUUGUUUAGGCAUCAGCUCUUGUAAAAGAAUUGUCAUUACUGUUCUUUGUUGUUUUUUUUUUGUUUUUAAUUUUAAACACUGUGUCAUGUUGAUGCAAUAGCAAUAUUUUACAGGUUUUAAAGUAUGUUUUGGAGUGUUUUAUUUUAUUGUUGCUUUUUUAAUGUAUUUAAAUUCCUUAUUUAGGCCGCAUUCAAAUAGGCAUACUUAAGCCUGCAUUUAUGUGAUGGGCCAUGUUUGCCCUCAUGGGAUUCACAGGUCUGUCACAGACAAAGCUGCUGCUCCCAAUCUGACAUUUGUGUGGAUGGUGUUUGGUGCACACAAAGACACACCACUGGUGCUGGUGCAUUGGGGCAGCACCCCACACAUCUGCUAAAAUGCAGCGUGCCAUUGGCUCCUGCUGGCGUCAAAGUCAAUGAGCCAGUGAGGAGAGAAGAGGGUGGGGCUCAGCCGCAGCUCUG